GUCGUCAUGCUGUCAACCAGGCCCCUGGGUCUGGUCUUGCUACCGCUGAGCCGUCUCCGGAGGUGGCCAGGGUUCGGGACCUUUCCAUUCCUGCGCUGCCUUGGGCAAAAGCCCUUCGAGAGAGCCCGGUUAUCGUGUUGCAAAUUCUCGUCUAGAGACGCGCGAGAUGAAGGAGAGCGCGAGGCGGCACAGAGGAAAGCCCCAGACGCAGAGUCGCCUCCAUCUCUCCCUCCGCUCGUCCGGGGACUUGGGACCAGAUGUCUUUCGUCACUGGAAAGCCUCAGACUACCGACACCGCGAAAGGAGUCACCCCCUCGAGAGCGCGAGGGCUCGAGUGAAGACCAGGGCCAGUCGGGUCCCGCACACCAGGGAUCCGGGGGUCCCUCACUGCCCGCCUUGGCCCAGUCUGCCACCAAGGAUGACGAUCUUCACGUCUCCUCUUCCUGGUCAACUACCCGAGAGGUGCCUUUUCGGGCUGGGGAGCUGAUUUUAGCUGAGACUGGGAAGAGAGAAACACAAUUUAAAAAAUUAUUUAGGUUGAGCAAUGCCGGACACUUAAAUAGUACCUGGGGGGCAGUCCCGUUCAGCGACAUCGUGGGGAAGUUCCCCGGCCAGAUACUGACGAGUUCCUCUGGUAAGCACUUCAUGCUGAGGAGGCCAGCAUUGGAAGAUUAUAUAUUACUGAUGGAAAGAGGGCCUGCCAUAACAUGUCCUAAGGAUAUGAAUAUGAUACUGUUGAUGAUGAAUAUCCACCCAGGUGAUACUGUUUUGGAAGCUGGCUCGGGCUCUGGUGGAAUGAGCUUGUUUUUAUCCAAAACAGUUGGAUCACAAGGACGAGUCAUAAGUUUUGAAAUUAGAAAAGACCACCAUGAACUGGCUAAGAAGAAUUACAAACACUGGCGUGAUUCAUGGAAAAUGAGUCACGUAGAAGAGUGGCCAGACAACGUGGAUUUUAUUCAUAAGGAUAUUUUAAGAGCAACUGAAGACAUAAAAUCUUUAACAUUUGAUGCGGUAGCUUUGGAUAUGUUGAAUCCUCAAGUUGCUUUGCCUGUUUUAUACCCAAAUCUUAAACAGGGUGGUGUAUGUGCUGUGUAUCUAGCAAACAUCACACAGGUUAUUGAACUUUUAGAUGGAAUUCGCAUCCGUGAACUUGCCCUCUCAUGUGAAAAGAUAAGUGAAGUUAUUGUCAGAGAUUGGUUGGUUUGCCUUGCAAAACAGAAAAAUGGAAUUUUACCUCAAAAAGUGGAACCUAAAAUCAACAGAGAUUUACAAUUACAUUCUCAAAAGAAAAUUAGAAUUGAAGGUGAGAUGUUUCAAGAAGAUGACCAUGAAGAAUCACAUUCUGAUUUUCCCUAUGGAUCAUUUCCCUAUAUUGCUAGACCUAUACACUGGCAAGCUGGUCAUACAGCUUUUCUUGUCAAGUUGAGGAAGUGCAAACCAUAACUUAACUGA